AUGACGCAACCAGUAACACCAGUUCCAAUUGCAAUAAUUCAGAUCGAUCAGCCAAUGGGUGAUACUGUUGAAAAUUGGACACCACGUCCUCAUCCUCUUUCUAAUCCACAAUAUCACAUACUUCAAGGUCAAUAUUGUCGACUUGAGUUACUCAAUUCAACAAAUGAUAUCGUCAUUCAACAACUUUAUGAUGUAUUUAAACCAACUGAGGAUACUCAUUAUAAAUACUUAGGAUAUGGACCAUUUAAAGACGUGAAUGAAUUUAAACAAUUUGUCUAUAUUAAAGAACAACCUAGUAGUAAUACUGUCUUAUAUACUAUCUUUGUUAAUGAUAUACCAGUAGGAUUUAUUACUUAUUUAAGAAUUAAUCAAGAGCAUGGCACAAUUGAAAUUGGACAUGUGAAUUUCAGUCAGCAAUUAGUACGAACUCGACAAGCCACUGAAGCAAUUUUUUUGUUAUUACAGUUUGCAUUCGAUACGCUUGGUUACCGACGAGUAGAAUGGUCAUGUAAUUCUUUAAAUAUGAAGUCACGACGUGCAGCGCUGAGAUUUGGUUUUCAAUAUGAAGGUACAUGGUUGAAAGCAGAAGUUCGUAAAGGACGAUCAAGAGAUAAUUCAUGGUUUAGUAUAGUUGAUGAUGAAUGGCCACAAGUGAAGCAAGAAUUUGAGCGAUGGUUAAAUCCAGAGAAUUUCGAUAUAAAUGGACAACAAUUGACUAAAUUGAAUAGCGCUAAAGUUAAUCCACGUCGUCACAAAAUUACAGACAAUAAUUAA